UUUCCGUCCAGUCAACACGGCAUAGGUCUUUCAGUGCAUUGAAAUGUCAGCCAAAAGCCUCGGAAACACCUCGGAAAGCUGGACGUUCAAAACGGAGAAACGUGAAGGAAUGGCCUAUGAAUCCUGUAAUUGUUAGAUGCGUGCCCGAACGGACCUAAAUAAUUACUUGUAAAUUGAAAUAGCAGCAGCAGCAGGAGAAGACCAAAAUGCAGGCUUCUAAGGCCGAGCGAGGAGCUCAAGCAUACGCUACUCCCUUCCCUGAAUACCAUCCUCCGCAGCAGAUAGCAGCAGGGUUUCCGCUGCCACCUCAAAAUUUCGCCUCAGCUCCCCAACAAUAUGUCCACCCGCUAGCGCCUCAGCCAUAUCCUCAACAAGGCGGCCCUCUUCGUCCCACAGAGUGGUCCUCUGGUCUCUGCGCCUGCUGUGCAGAUCAAUCCGUUUGUUGCCUCACAUGCUGGUGCCCCUGCAUCACAUUUGGGCAGAUAGCGGAGAUAGUGGAUGAGGGUUCUCCCUCGUGCUGUGCAAACGGAGGGAUCUAUGGCGCGCUGCUCUGUUUGACGGGGUUAGCGUGCUGCUAUUCGUGCUUGUACAGAACCAAGAUUAGGGCCAAAUUCAACCUGUCCGAUUGUUGGAAUAUGAAAUAUACCAUUGGACCAACUAAAACAUUUGAUUCAGAUCUUGUUUUAAAACAAUGGGUCAACACCGAUAUGCCCUGUGCAGAUUGUGUGGUCCAUGGUUGCUGCGAAUCCUGCGCGCUGUGCCAGGAAUAUAGAGAACUCAAACACAGAGGAUUUCACCCUGCACUCGGUUGGGAAGGGAACCUGCGAAGACAACAGCCGGGGAUGGGGACUGCCAUGGCAGCACCUGCGUAUCCAAUGAUGGCAAGAUGAUCCCACCGCUCAUGCCUUUUGUGUUUCUGCAUCUCGAAGUUUUAAUGGCCGUCGUCAAUAAUUUUAUCUGGAUUGGAUUUAGUAAGGGAGUUAUUAUUAUUAUUAUUAUUAUUUUUUGCUGAGAUUUGAACUCAACACCUGUAAUUGCCCUUCUGGCAAGAGGGUUAAUAAUUCUGUCGUCAAAAUAAUCGAGUGGAAGGGACAAUAACCUUGGUAUCUCAUAUUAAAUGCAGUUUUCCACUGGUGUCGUCUUAAUGGUGUACUGCCCUAUUUAA